AUGGCUAUUGCUGUUGAGAGUCUUUUGAAUGAAGGAGCCUCCCUUUUGUCUGAGUCUCGGAAGGGGGGGGGGACUCCAUUCCUAGGAGAUGAAAGAACCUUGGUACUCUUCGAGUCUCCAGUCCAUGAAAUAGUCACAGAAAAACCUGCUGGAGAACCUGAUUCUCUUCCAACUGAAUCAACCCAGGAACCUCUUGUUUAUUCUAAGCCCUUGGAAUCCAUUCCACCCAGUGAAGUCCCUAUUGAUGAAGAUGAUAUUGCUCUCAGCGCGUGGUUUAAGAUGCGCAAACCAGCAAAAGAGACUUUCGAGGUUGCCUUGAAGAAAAGUAAGAGGAGUGUCAAGAAAAAGAAAAAGAGAUCGACAAAACAAGGGGAAUUUGUGAUUGACAAAAGCAUUCCAGUGUUUGAGGCUGACGAAGAUACUGGUUGCAGUAAGUCCAAGAAGGUUGUCAUUGAGCAAACUAUGUUUGAAGGGGAUACUGUGGGGGUUGUAAGCCAGAAAGGGAAGUCUGUCAAAGUUUCUAGAAAACAAAAACGGGAAACUGUAAGGGGACCUAGUUCUAUGAAGGUCAUACCCAGUGACAGUGAGGAUGUGCUUAAGGUGUACGAAGACGCGGUGCAAAAUUUCUACGUAUCUCUCUUCACUGUUGAGGGGGACCACAUCUGUGUACUAGUAAAUGCCGUAGACAUUGUGCUUGACGCGUCAGCAUUGGGGAAAGUUCUCCAAAUUUCAUGUGAAGGGAUAUCCUCAGUCAAGGGUUCUUGUAGUGCUAACUUUAGGAGAACUAUUAUGAAAGAGCAAGCUAUUCAGCAGGGGGAACGGGUGCAUAAGAAGGCAUUACUGCCUGAGUAUCAGCUUCUCUUUGAGCUGAUCAAUAAGGUGUUUUUACCUCGUCCUGAGAGGCGGUCUAUCGCUUCAAAGUCUGAUCUGGUCUUAAUUGAGGCACUUGAUGAGUUUGUCCCGAUCAAUAUGCAAGCAAUCAUGAUAGAACAUAUGCAAAAGGUGGCAAACUUUAAAGGUGGCAAUUACGGGCUUCCAUAUGGCUUUCUCCUCACUCGAGUGUUUAAGUUCUACAAGGUUCCCUUGGAUAAUCCCAAAGUGGGAACCCGCAAGCAAACUUUCUCCAAAACCACUCUGGAAGAAUGUGAGUGUGUAGAAAAGCUUAGUCAAGCUGUUGGGGCACCUGGUUUUGUUAAUUCUUCCCAUGAAGAAGUUGCCCGCUUGACCAAGGAAAAUGAUGAGAUUUGUGCAAAACUGCUUGAAGAACAGCUAUCUGCAAAUGACCGUAUGGACCUGGUUCUCAAAACCCUUGCUACCUCCCUCUCCAAGUCUUCCUCUUCUAGUGCCCCUUAG